UCGCCAUUUCACCAGCAUGACCACGUACGGCUCGACGGGCGGCGACAGCCUCAUGAAGCAGGCGCGCAAGGCGCACACGGUGCUCGACGUCGACGCCUCCCGCGCCGUGCACCUCGCCAAGGUCGGCCACGCCAGCGAGGCCCAUCUCGACAACGGCGGCCACAUCAAGAGCGCAGUCUUUGGCGGCCUCGAUGGCAUCAUCACGACGUUCGCGACCGUGACGUCGGUCGCCGGCUCGGGCCUUCCGCACGCGGUCAUCCUGAUCCUCGGUCUCGCGCACCUUGUCGCUGACGGCCUCUCGAUGGGCAUGGGCGACUACCUCAGCACGCAGGCCGAGACGGACCUCAUCAACCACGAGCGGUCGCGCGAGCUCUGGGAGAUGGAGAACUUCCCCGAAGGCGAGAAGGCCGAGAUGAUCGAGCUGUACGAAGCCAAGGGCAUCUCGUCUGAAGACGCCAAGAUUGUCGUCGACACGCUCUCCAAGUACAAGGAGGCGUUCGUCGACAUCAUGAUGGUCGAAGAGCUCAAGCUCAUGCCCGUCGACGACGACGAGAACCCGUUCAUUGGCGGCCUCAUCACGUUUGGCUCGUUCGUGCUCUUUGGCGCGGUCCCGCUCCUCUCGUACUUGAUCAACUUGCUGCCUGGCGUGUCGCUCACGGGCGACCAAGCGCUCUGGGGCUCGUGCUUCUUGACGGUCCUCACCUUAUUUAUGCUUGGCGCCGUCAAGGGCCAGUACGUCGGCCAGAAGUGGUACCUCUCGGGCAUGUACAUGGCCAUCAACGGUACCGUCGCCGCCGGUAUGGGCUGGGUCAUCGGCUACCUCCUCGCGCUCACCGGCGUCCAGGACGUUGUCCUCGGCUAAACGCGCGUCCUUUAACGGGUCCUUUAACGCGUUUAAAUAUGAUUUUCAGCCACC